AUGCCGCCCUCAGAACAGACACCACGCUCCUUCAUAGCACCCAAACAGCGUCAGCAGGACCCCCCAGAACCCAAGGUUCGCGGUGCAAACCGCACCACCAAGGUCGCUGGCAAACUCAAGGUCCUGCCCGAGCAGCCAGAGCCCGCCCAGGCCGAGGAACGCUUGCUCAACGUCCCACCGGAGAACGAAGAGAGUCUGGGAACAACUGGAGACACCGACGAGGGUGACGACGAGGACGAGGACGAGGAGCAGGAGGAGGCAGAGGACGCUGAGGUCCGCCUGCGCUCGCUCUCGCUCAUCCCCCAGGGCACGGCCCGCCGCGACGCGCUCAAGCUCACCAAGAAGAAGGCCAAGUCGCUCCCCCGCGUCACCACAUAUGCCACAGCGAGCUCCUACCGCCUCCAUGAGGCCAUGAAGUUCUUCAACGCCCGCCGUGCAUCGCACGGCACGGACCCGCGGCUCAUCGACGAAGUCCUCUACACGCCGUAUUCGUUCGAGGGCACCGAGCCCGCCCGCCAACCCGACCAACGCGUGGGCGACCUCCUCGGCGUCCCCGAGCUGCACCAGCACGCGUCCGAGGACGGCGGGCAUUUCAUCAAGAAGAAGAAGACACGCUUCGACGUCACCAUGCCCUCGGCGGAAAUCUUUCUCUUUGACUACGGUACGGUCGUACUCUGGGGCAUGACCGAGGCGCAGGAGCGCCGUUUCCUCUCGUCAAUAAAACGGUUUGAGGUGGAGCGGUUAGCCCCCGAUGACGUUGAGAUGGAGGACCUUAAUUUCUACUAUGCUAAUUAUAGUCGAAUAUACAACGACGUUAUAACACUCCGUAAAGGAUCGAGUUACAUGACCAAACUCUCGCUUUCGCAUGCUCUCUCGCAAUCCACAAAGAUAUCACUAUUCGAAGAGCUUAUCUCGAAUAAGAUAGAGGACACAAAGGACAUACCCGACGCCAUCAUACAGACCGGCAAGAUCGGCAUGCCGCACAAAGAAAUCAUGCGCAAGAUCGGUGAACUCUUCAUCCUCCGCACGAACAUCAACUCCGUCGGAUCCGUGCUCGACUCACCUGAGGUCUUCUGGAGCUACCCAGACCUACAGCCGCUGUACGACGCCGCGCGAAGCUACCUUGAGAUCCCGCAGCGCAUCAACCUGCUCAACACGCGCGUCGAGGUCCUCCAGGACAUGCUGCAGCUCCUCAAGGAGUCCGUGUCCUCGCGCCACGCGGAGCGCCUCGAGACGAUCGUCAUCGUCUUGAUUGCGAUCGAGAUCGUGCUGGGUGUCAUUACGAUUCUGGUCGAUUUGUUGGCGUAG